UCUAAGUUCAAUGGACACGUCCUGGGGAGACAGACAGCUCAAUUUGCUGAAUAGUAAAACCAAACAACAAAUUGAUGAAUCGAGGGAGAAAAACAUGAUUGCAUUCCUGCACAGAAAGCUUAUUUAUUGUCAACAUAUUUUGUCUGUCUCCACACAUCAGGUCCAUAACAUUCUGGGUAUCACCACUAGUGGGCCCAGCCGGUGCUACGCUGCUGCUGCUGCAGCCUCGGUCAGACACACAGAGGAUGAGGCCUGCCAGUCCUGCCCCGAUUAAUCCAUCGUUUGCCCGGGGCGGUUAGCAUGGUCCGGGCCAUGGAUGCACCGAUCGCGCAUUUCGACGACGACCGGCCGAACUUGGCGGACGUGACCGCGGGUUCGGUACCGCAGCACGGCCGAGCGGAGGUGAGCCCCGCCGCGGGGGAAGCGGUGGCUCGGCUCCUCCUGGAUCAGGAUGAUCCUCCAGGGCGGGCUGACAGCGAUGGUUCCCCGAAGCAAUCCAGUGUGUGCAGGUCCACGGAGGAACAUCCUAAUGGACCGGAUGGGAAGUUAUCGGCUUGCCUCGAAAAUGUAAAACCGGACAGGAUCGGUCCAGUGAGUGUGUUCACGGAGGAGACCCUGCUGGAGAAAGACGAAAUAUGGAACGCCCUCGCCUGUAACUACGGCCAGGCCGUGCCGGUAGAUUGGCGGCAGUCUCGGACGCGCUCCCUCUACAUCUCCACGUUUAACCUUGAGGAGAGACUGAGAGAGACGGACGAUGCGGCGGAGCUGUCCGACGAGGACGAGCUCAGGGAGCAGCUGGACAUGCACUCCAUCAUUGUCCCCUGUGUGGACCAGGAGCCCCUUGUCACGGCGGAGCAGGUCAUUGAGGAGAUCGAGGAAAUGAUGCAGGACUCACCCGAUGCGGAGGCAGAGCGGAAUCCCUCCCAGUCUGACCUGUCCAUGCUCUCUGUGGACAUCCGGCGCAGCAGUCCCGGCUUCGAGGACAGGCUGAGGUCCCUGAGCGCUGCCGAGCUGCUGGAACGUCUGACAGAGACAGAGGUGAACAUCAGGAGGUUCUCUGAGGAGCUGGUGCAGCAGCUGGCCGUCAGAGACGAGCUGGACUUCGAGAAGGAGGUGAAGAACAGUUUCAUCUCGGCGCUCAUCGAUGUGCAGAACCGGCAGAAGGAGCACAGGGAGUCGCUGAGGAAGAAGAAGAAGCUGAAAGGCGGAGCCGGAGCAGCUCAGGGUCUGCCGGAGAGAACACCUGGAUUACGCUUCAGCAUGGACGGCCUCUCCUCUGUUAUUCAAAACAGCUUCCGGCAAACAUUUGGCAGUGGCUGCAGCGAAAGACAGUAUUUGACCACAGUCAUUCCCUAUGAGAAAAAGGGACUACCUCCGUCGAUUGAAGACCUCCAGAUCCUGACCAAAAUUCUGCAAGCUAUGAGAGAUGACAGCGACAAGGUGCCUGGUCUCUUGACGGACUACAUCCUCAAUGGUGAGCGUUUCUCUCCUCUGUUUCUACCCUGUCACCAUUAACGACAAGCCCUGUUUUAUCUGAGAUCUCCAGUUGCUGUUGAGCUAAAUACAGGUUCUUAGUUCCACAGUUUAUUUUGCUUCACAUUUAGUUUUUAUUUAACUAUAUAACACAGACUUUACUUUUCAUCACGUUAAUAGUCACCAUGUAAAUUUCCAGAACUUACUAGUAAAAACGUACCCAGUAAGUUCUGAUUAUUAAAUUCCCCUAUUUCUAAGCUCUGAGAAAGUAACUUAAUGAAUGUUUCAGAUAAAGUACCUGAAUGUUACUAGCAAGUUCCAUUAUUCUUGUGGAAAGUAACGUCUGGGCUCUGGGAGAGAAAAUUGUGCACCAUUUCUAGAGUUAAAUUUGAUCCACAAGACAUAGUUAAAAUAUAGCUGUAGUGCCUUUCAAAACAAAUGGAAACAAAUACAUGGUUUUCAAGAGAUUUUUGCAGUAACAAUCUGAAAAGUCUGUUUUUAUACCUUGCCUUUCUGAGUGAAUACUUGGUUGAAUCAUAUUUUGACUGCAAUUACAACUUUAACACUUUUAGGGCCUCUCUCUGCCAGUUUUCACAUCUAGAGACUGAAAUUUUUCCCUAUUCGUCUGGUGAAAAAAGCUCAAGUUCAGCCAUGUUAGACAUAGAGCAUCUCUGAAUGUUAAUUUGCAUAACUGGGUAAACCUUCCCAUUGAAUCAGUCCCAUCCUGUGACACCAGUUUAGGUGUUGGUCAGUGUUUGUAAGGUUUUCAUUUGUGCUGUGGUUUUAUGGAUAAUUGACUGAACUGAGCCAAAUCAAGUUUGUGAUAUUGUUUUGUUCUCCACAUCUUUCUCCCUGACCUGUUUGCUGUUUCUCCUGCUCUUCAUCAUGCUGUUUGUUUACUAAUGUUCUUUAAUAAACCUGCAACAUCUUUCCAGCAUAACUGUCUGUAUAGUGAGAUUAGACUAUACAGCUUACCUUGAGUUGGUCUCACAUAAAACCCUCUUAAGAUACAGUACAAUUUGAGGCUGAAAAGUGUAAAAAAGAUCAACUGUUGCAAACACAUCAGGAAGACACUGUAUGCGUCCUUGAAAAGACUCCCAGCGUUUCCAUGUUGCAGUUGUGUGACUCUGACAGUGAGAAGCUAAAAAACUCAAAGUUGCAGUAAAUGAUCCCAGUGUGUAUCUUAGAGGGGUGGAAGAUUACACAGUGUGUCUGGGUGUGUGUGUGAGUGUGUGUCUUUUAUCUCAUCUCCUUUUGUUAGUUUGUCUGUUGACACUGCUUGUUCCAACUCGUUCCUGUGGUCUGAUCCUGGUUCUCCUGCUUUUAUCACUCUGCAUUUAUGCUUGGCUGUUUCUUACGAAUGUGCUUUUUCAGUCGGCUUUUCUGCUUUUUCCAUUUCCUUUAAGCUUCAUAUUUUUCGCCUGUAUUUAUUGCCUGUCUUUGUCCUACAUGUUCUCAAUUUCUCCUCUUUUUACUUGUUAGUCUUUGGUUUUAAUUGAAAUAGUUAUGAGACAAAAUGAAUCUGUGUGGCUCAGUCUUAGUAAGAACAAAUAGAAAUGGACAGGAAAAGAUCUGGAAAAGGUGAAAUAAUCGAAGUUUGUGUCUUCUGUGUCUUCUUUUGAUCUUUUCAUUGUUGUUUUUUUGUCUUUCUCCACUUCUCACAAUCUUCACAAUCUUACGCUGCUUUACUCUCUAGCUCUGGUCUGAGCUUUGGACAGCGAGGUUUGUGGCACAUUCCUGUGUGACAUUGUUGUUGUUCCAUAGAUCACAAUGCGAUAGCGCCCCCUGUCCACCAAAGGGUGUAGUUCAGUCUGACCUCAAAGAUGUCCCUCUGUUCCUUCCUGCUCUUUACAUUUGAGUCUCAUAGUCAGUCUUUAUCUCACCCAACAAGCAUCUUGAAGAAACUUAAUAAAGAGCAGAAAUAUAGAUUUUCCUUUUUCUGAUUUUUUAUUGCUUUUAAUAUUCAUAUUCUUCUUUCUUUCAGUGUUUUGUCCGACGUAGAUGGAUCCUGAUGAUCUGCAGACAGUUAAAGUUAGAAAGAAGAGGAACUGUGAAGCACACUUAAUUUAUUCCUGAAUGUUUUUACCUCCAUGUGUGAAUUUAUUGGCCCAUCUUUGAUUUAUAUGUUUAAGUUUAUGAUUGUGAUUUCCAAAUAGAGUGUGUUCUUGGAGACUAUUUGACAUAUACAAGGUUUUUCUAAAGGUGUUUCUUUGUUUUUAAGGAAUUCAAUCAGAUAUUAGAUGAAUUUAUUCAGGGUAAAGCUGUGAAUCAAAGGGCUUAGUAUUUAUGAAGCAUCAACUGAUCAUCUGAGUCAAGAAACAAGGACACUUUUCUAAAGAGCAAAACAUUUUGUAAGCAUGAACAAAAAGGCAAGAUGAGGUUAGCAUCCCAGCAUUAUAAGUUGAAAGAUCAGAGAGGUGGAAAAAACAGCCAAGAGAUAUUUAUAAGAUUAUAAAACAAAUCUGAAGCCAGUCUGCAUCAUCGUGUGUCAACAAUCUCCUCAUUUUAUCAGGACUCUACCUCCAACACCAUCUAUAUUUAUAUAAUAUGCUGAGCUGAUGGAGGCUUUACUGGCAACCAGAAACAAUCUAUGCAUUUGAGUAAAAACUUAAUCUGACCCACAGAGUGUCUGCGUUGCGGAGACGCUGCCUGGAGCUCUGAAUCAGAGCGCACAGGAGGCGUUGCACCUGGACUCUUACUGUGUUCCUACCAGCUGCCUUUGCCUGAACUUUUUUACAUUAUGGAGAGCUUAUUUUCACUGAUGAGUGUCAUGUUGAAACUCUACUUACAGAGGCCACGUUGCUAUGCUAUUUAUUUAUUUAUUUGUGUAAAUAUUGUAUCUGAAUAAUAGAACUCUUGAUAUGUUUGCUUAAUUUUACUACUGAGAAUUAAGUAAUAAAGAACAUGAUGAGGAAACAU